AUGAGCCACUUGGGGAAGAUAAAGCCGUCGUAUUUGUAUAUUUACGAUCGGUUAAACCAAAGAAUUUCCGAGGACGAUAAUAGUGACAUGGAACAGGCUCAUUCAUCCACGGACUUAAUUCACGAUUACAAGAUACAUCUAAAAGACGAUGGGCUUGGAAAGUAUAAAAUAAGUCCUUUGGGACAUCUUAAAGACCUCAAAGAGGCGGUAAGACUAUGAAUCUUCUGUCGCUUAGAAAGGAAGACAGCGUGAUGUUUAUACCGAUGCAAAAAAAUCCCGUCAUCUGAUAUUUAUGCUUUCAUCUGGGAGAAAUAUUUUUCUAAAACAAAAGUAUUUGAAAGGUAGGCACAAAUUAAAGAAUAGGAAGAGAUGUAACACCUUUCAAAUAAAUGAAAACUAGAUUUUGUCCAACUGGGUAUUCCAUACUACAUUGACGAACAAAAAAAGUUAUCUUUGUUUGGCAAAUUGCCGCAAAAGGUGGGAGUGAGGGGUAGGCUUUUGGACAACAUCAUCAUCCCAUUUAUUCAAACACUUGACUAGUUUUCAUACUAAAACGACGCAGGUUAACUUAGUGUUGUGGUAUUAUUUUUAGGAAACCAGCGCUACAAGAGUAGGAGUUCGUACCAGCAACGGGGUAAGUAAGAACAAGCAGAUUUAA